AAAAGUUAUCUUCAACCUUUCCUUUUCCUUCUUGUUGCUGGAGAUUACCCUUGAUCUCGAAACCAAGGGAGAAGCACUAUCAGGUAUUCAAGUUGAGGCUUAAAAAAAAAAAGGCGUGUGCAUGUAAAUGAUUAACCAGAUAGUUCCAUUUGAGAGUUAAAGCUUCCAUUUCAUUGCAAGGCUUGAUUUGCUUGUCGUGAAUUGGAUAACUCCAAUCAAAACACCGCCACCUCUGUCUUCGCGUUCACCACUGUGCAGUAAAUAUGUCUGACACCGAAGACCAUGCAGCAGAGUAUUCCAAUGGUGACGAAUCCCCUCCAAAGCCCAGACAGAGGUUCAGGGACAGAUCUAAGGAGAUGCUGUCCAAACAAGCUGUGCAGACCAAGCAAAUGCUUUCCAAACAGGCCGUUAAGAUUGCCAAACAAGCUGAGGAACACGAAAGGUUCAUCAACAAGGUGACCCAUCUCGCGGGAGUCCUCGGUUUUGGUGGAUUUUGCUUCCUUUUAGGGGCACGACCCCAAGAUAUUCCCUAUGUAUAUUGUUUGUUUUACGUCAUCUUUGUUCCUCUUCGUUGGAUAUACUAUAGGUCCAAGAAAUGGCAUUACUAUCUACUGGAUUUUUGCUAUUAUGCCAAUACAAUAUUUUUGAUUGAUCUUCUUUUUUACUCAUCAAAUGAGAAGCUUUUCAUGGUUUGCUUUUCUUUUGCGGAGGGGCCAUUAGCAUGGGCUUUGAUUGUUUGGCGCUGCAGCUUGGUUUUCAGUUCUCUUGACAAAAUUGUCAGUGUUCUUAUCCAUCUAUUACCUGGAUUGGUUUUCUUUACUAUUCGAUGGUGGAAUCCUGCAACCUUUGAAGCCAUGCAUCCAGAGGGAACUGCUAGAAGACCUACGUGGCCAUACAUCGAAGAUAAAUCCUAUCUCUGGACAUGGCUGUUUCUGGUACCCUUGGUUGCUUACACUUUGUGGCAGGUUCUAUACUUCCUCAUUGUCAAUGUAUUACGCAGACAAAGGCUUUUAAGAGAUCCCGAAGUCAUGACUUCCUACAGGGAACUCUCAAAAAAGGCUCAGAAAGCAAACAAUAUAUGGUGGCGCUUAAGUGGGUUGCUUGGGGAUCAAAAUCGCAUGCUGAUGUACAUUUUUCUUCAAGGCAUAUUUACGGUGGCAACCAUGGCACUUACUGUCCCCAUAUUCUUGUCAUAUGAAUUGCAUGUAGUUUUUCAAAUACUAAAGGUUUCUGCCUCAAUAUGGAACGGAGGAAGUUUUCUGUUAGAGGUAAUGCCUAGACAGGCAAUUCUUAAGGAGAAAAAGAAAUCAGAGAUGCAACCUGUUGAAGCUCAACCCAAUCAUGAUCAUCAAUAGAGAUGGAAAAUGACAGGAACUAGGAAGUUAAAACAAUGUUGUUGUGACAUCUCACUCCUUGCUCAACUAAUAUCCGCGUAUUUUGAAGUUGUAAUUGUAUUUGUUGAUUUCUUUUUACUGAAAAAUACGGUUAUGGGUGGGUGGGCUGUGGCUUUGGUUGUCUUAAAUCAAAAUUGUCUUUUUUUACUUUA